AAUCGGAAACGGCAUCACCUCACCUCCCUCAUUCCCUCUAAGGAGGUGAGAGUUACCUUUGCUUGCCAUCUAUCGCCUUCCUCCAAGAACCUCUCUACAGGAACAGUGUAGUAGUGACGUCAACCGACCCCCAAACCCCGCCCGUCGUCCCUUUCCCCCUUCCCCUCGCCACCACCAGAGGAACAAGCAGCAGAGGAGCUGUGCAGUGCUAUCUGCGGCUGGGGACCCUAUCCGACCGCCGUAUCGCACAAUGGCGUUGGGAGGCUCCCUUAGCGCCAUCAUUGGUCGCUACCCCUCCGCCGCCGCCGCCGGUGAACAAGACCCCGGAGGAGGCAUCAUUUGCCAUGACCGCAAGUGCCGGGACGUACCCUUACUCGUCCUCUUCGCCGCCUUCUGGGUCGCCAUGAUUGUCAACUCCAGCUUCGGCUUCAACCAGGGCAACCCGCUCAGGCUGACAUAUGGACUGGACUACAAAGGGAACAUAUGUGGCAGCAGGCAUGGCGAUCCAGAUUUGCGUGAGCUGGAUGUUCGUUAUUGGAUGAACCCCAACCAGGUCUACCAAAGUGGGCUAAAAAGCAAUCAAAUCAACCUACCUGACGCUAAGGCCAUCUGCCUAAUGGAAUGCCCACUUCCUGCGGAAGAUGGUUUGAAUUUUGUUUGUGAUUAUCCAGAAGGUGACAUACACCUCUCUGUCGAUGAUUGGAUUGACAGGGACUAUGAUUACUUCGAGUAUCUCACACCAGACAUGAGGAAUAGUUCUCUUCAGUUGCAGGGUCCAUGUUACCCUGUCAUAUUUCCAAGUGUAAAUGUCUACUGGAGCUGCCAGUUUAUUGCACGGGCAUCCAAUGUUUCUUUGAAGCAUUGGCAGCAGAUGGGCGGUGUCAGCAUCGAUGAAAACAUGCUAAUAGACAAAACAAUUCACAAUGCAAUCAACAGCAAAUCUGCCGUCUUGAAGAGAUAUGUUGCAGAUAUUGGGAAGUCCUGGCCUGUGCUAAUCGUUUGUGGGGGAUUACUCCCACUGUUUCUAUCGGUGAUCUGGUUACUAAUGAUUCGCUAUUUUGUUGCUGGGAUGCCAUGGAUAACGGUGAUUGUCUUCAAUGCCCUUGUAAUAUCUGUUACAAUGUUCUUCUAUAUAAAAGCUGGUUGGAUUGGCCAUGACCCUUUAACUGUUGUAAUCGGUGAAAGUGAUCCGUAUGUCAGCAUAGGCGGACGGGAAAUAUACCACCUUCAUGCUGCUGCCGUGUUGAUGACCGCGGUAAUGGUGAUUGCUUUCUUGACUUCAGUAGCUAUUGCUCGGCGCAUACUGAGAGCGACAUCCGUCCUGAAGGUGUGUUUCGUGCUAAAUCCAUUGACUUCACGUCUACACCAUUUUCUUUGGUUAGAUUUUGCUGGGGUCACAGCUAACAUAUGUGAUAGCUGAUAGCAUGGCGUGCUA